AUGUACGACCGAAUCGUAAAAGUCGAUGGUGUGCAGUGCCCAGGAACGAAAGAGGUUGUCAAGCUCCUUACUGACAAGAUCGCGUCUGGUGUGCCGAUCACCUUCCAGCGGCCACAGGAGCGAACGGUGACGGUCGAGCGGACCGCGCGCCUGGGCAUGAACUUGAACUACCGGAAGGGUGGCCAUUCCAAACCCUGGAUCGCCAGCAUCGAGGAGAGUGCGACUGAACGCUGCCUCAUCGACCAGUGGAACAAGGACCACCCGCAUCAGAAAGUGGCUGUCCACGAUCGCGUCAUCUCCGUGAAUGGUCAGACACUCUCCGCUUCUGAGACAGUUGAAAAGCUCCGCACUGCGUCGGGCACGCUAACAAUUAAGCUCGUUCACUUCGAGCUGUGA